GGUUUCAAUGAGUGCCUCAAAAAAACAGGGGUGCACCCCCACUCCACAGUAGCCCUGAUCAAAACAAGGGCAGACGGUGGGGAACUGACACACUAUGCUCAGAGCCACAAGGCUGGGGAGAGGCCCCCACAAGCCCUUAGCCAUCCUCAGACACAUGGGGCCUCUCUGUGCUGUGAGGCCACAGCUCUGGUGCUUCCGGCAUUCCUGUGCAGAAAAACGCGGCAGCUGUGUCCCGCAACCCCUCUGGACUGGUCCUGUCUCCUCACUGGGAGGCACCCGGCAGUCUCCCAUCAACAUUCAAUGGAGGGACAGUGUGUAUGACCCACAGUUGACACCGCUCAGGGUCUCCUAUGAUGCGACAUCCUGCAGGUACCUCUGGAACACCGGUUACUUCUUCCAAGUGGAGUUUGACGAUUCCUCUGAGGAGUCAGGGAUCAGCGGUGGGCCCCUGGGAAACCACUACAGGCUGAAGCAGUUUCACUUCCACUGGGGAGCAGCCAACGCGUGGGGCUCGGAGCACGUGGUGGAUGGCCACGCCUACCCAGCUGAGCUCCAUCUGGUUCACUGGAAUCCCGUGAAAUAUGAAAAUUACAAGGAAGCCACCGUGGGAGAGAAUGGGCUGGCGGUGAUCGGCGUGUUUCUGAAGCUUGGGGCCCGGCAUGAGACUCUGCAGAGGCUGGUGGACCUCUUGCCAAACGUGAAACACAAGGAUACACAGGUGGCUGUGGGCCCCUUUGACCCGUCUUCUCUGCUGCCUGCCUGCCAGGAUUACUGGACCUAUCCUGGCUCCCUCACCACCCCACCCCUAGCUGAGUCAGUCACCUGGAUUAUCCAGAAGAUGCCCAUUGAGGUGGCUCCAAGCCAGGGAGGAGAUACCUGGCACCUGUCCCCCUCCAGGCUGGCUUCAGCUCACUCUGGCUGCCCUCUGUUCCAGCUGGCAGCAUUCCGCACUCUCUUGUUUUCUGGACGUGGUGAGGAAGAAGAGGCAAUGGUGAACAACUACCGCCCACUCCAGCCUCUCCUGGACCGGAAAGUCCGUGCGUCAUUCCAGGCCACUAGGGUGGGAAUGAGGUCCUAAACACAGGAUGACGUCUGCAAAGAUAGGCAGAAUGGAGUGAAAACGAGGUGUGCAUUUUGCAGGGGUAUCAUGUGAUGUGACACCUGGAUUAAAAAGAAGACGAGAUCAUUA